AUGAUGGUUUUGAAAUGCGUAUCGUUCCAAUUGUGUAGUGUGUAUGUUUAUAUACCACCACUGCGUAGUACAGGUGGUCACUCAACUCAAUUUGAUACAAAUCGCUACACUCUACCAGAUAGUUCGACAAGUGAAGAAUCACUGCAUUCAGUCUCGUCGGCAUGUUGCAGUAGUACUGUUGCUGCUGCUGGUGGUGGAACGGGGGGUAUUUCGAGUAGACACAUCGUCGUGAAUCGGGCCGAGGGCGGUGGUUAUCUCUCUGAAGGCGAUUCGAUGCUAAUGAGCGCUGGUGGGGCUCAUAAUAGUAGUGCUACAUCUGCAACUGCGAAUGCUAAUGAUAUUUCAGUACCGGUGAGAUGCGGAUACACGAGUGAAGGAGGCCUAAGUAGUUACGCACGAAAGAUGCAGGCUCGAUUCCGUGAGGGCAUUGAGGCGGCGGUACGGGACGGAAUGUUGAGGCAUAGACAACAGCACGAUUAUAAUGAUAGUCGUAAAUUGGAGUUAAAUGAAAAUGGUCUUGGAUAUUGGGCUGUAAGAUUUGAAGUGGUAACGAAAUGCGAUGUUUUUUAUAUUGUUGAGAAUGUUGAAUUGUAUGAGAUGGUAUGA